AACAUUCUCGAAACGUUUGACAUCGAUCGCGAUAAGCAGUGGACGGCGUUCAAUGAAAGCAGAGCAAGCAGUUCUGUUGAAGAAUUGACGAACCAAGAACGAGAGAACACUGAUCAAGCAGCAACCGAUACGGUAUCGGCUGACGAGGACACCAAAGAAUCAGUAAAUACUGUGAUUGAACACCAAGAGGUUGAUAAUGAUGAGGUUGAAGUCAGUCCUUAUGUGAUCAAAGAGAAAGAACUCGAAAGCUCCUCAAGUGGCUCUGAUGAUAGUUCUAUUAACGAGAAUUUGGUAAAAGAUGUUGAAAUUAAAGAUAGCACAGAGGAGAAUGAGAAUACGAUAGCAGAGUCAUCAUCUAAUACUGAUGGGGAUGCACCGGCCGAUAUCGAAAUGAUCGAUGCCACGUCUGGUGACUCUGCCAAUCCGGACACUGACGAGUCUGUGGAAGAGGACAUUGACAAACUUGAUGAAUUAUCGAUACCAGAUGUAAAUUCGGACAAUACCGAUAUUAAUAUGGUUGAAGAUGAAUUUAUACUA